GAUAUAUAUAUAUUCGUUAACGAUCUGGUUGUGUUUUAGAUAUUUACCUAUUGUCAUUUAAAAAACAAUAAUUCCUAAACAAAAUAAAACUCAAUUUGUCUUUAAAGCCGAAGAAAAACUUUAAACCCUUGGCCCAGCAUGCCUGAGUUUAAAACGACAAGAUCUCUAUAUCGCACUCGUACAGUGCGCAGCAUAACACGAACUAUGCAGCCCAUUGCCAGCAAAUAUCUCAUUGAUUUUCGUGCAGAAGAAGUUGAUAGCUCAAACAGAAGAAAAUCCAAAGUAGCCACUCAACGUAAUUCUUUUCGAACGGCGGAUACAGUAUUGGAUCGUAUCAUAGGUAAACUUAAAAGAGACUUCAAGCCUGAAGACAUAUUACUUCUGAUAACGCCCGCUAGUACACAUGCAAAACGUUAUAAGUUACAUGUUAUAGAGCGUCAUAGACAAGGUCACUUGGGUAUGACCACAAUCACACACAAUGAAUUGUCCCGUUGGAAAGCAAGUAAGGCCUUUCAGAAAUAUUGUCUGGUAUUUGGUUCUCGUUAUAUAGAUUUGAAAACGGUAGUGCUGCAAACCGAAACCAUUAAAAGUCUGGUCAACAUUUUAAAUAGAAAAUGUUGUGUCGAAGCAAAAGAUUUACAACUUCCCGCUAAAAUAUCUAAUACUAGCUCUGCCGGUGAUUAUUUUAAUGCAGAAACUGUACACAGCAUUAAACUACAAGAUAGUUUCAUACAAACUGAUCCAGAAAUCGCCGAUAAUAUUGCCUUUUCUCUUAAAGAUAUAUUACAACUUAUAGACACCAUUAAUCAGACGUUAGAACCUUGCAAAAACGAUAUAGAACGUUUCUUUUUGAUGGCCGAUAAAAUGAAAUUUUCUCUUGUCGUGCGUCCCGAAUUGUUAUGGAAAUCAAAUACUCUUGCUCUUAAUACAACGCAGGAAAAUUGUGAUCUUUUUCAGAUAGAAUCCUAUUUACCAGGCAACUGUUAUCUGGGCUGUAUAACUAUGCUGGAAAAUGAUCUAAUGCAUUACAUGGACUUAUUUCCAAAACUUUUAUAUCAUAUUCAUGUUAUUGAGGAUGUCUUUGAACUAACUCCCUUGCCGAGGUUUUUGGUGGAGCUAUUAAAAAUUAUUUUUGGUUUCCUGAAAUUGGAACUAUUAUAUGAUGCUUUGGGGGAGUUGAUAUUUGAAUGGUAUAAGAAUUUUACAUAUUUGUAA